GCCAGUCCACCGAGGCUGCGGGACGGGAAGGUCGUCGGAAGGAUGGGGGCGCCGGCGCCGGGUGCUGGGGGACGUCCGGGCCCCGGGAUCGAGUGGAUGGAUCAAUGAACCGCAGAGCUGAGGGGAGGAGGAGGCGAGGGGGCAUACGCAACCUCCCUAACGGCAGGCGGCAUGUCCAGCCGGUCCAGCGGUCCAGCGCUCUGGUCAACCCGGCGGUCAUGUUCGGCACACGAAAGACCUGGGACCUCGGCCACGCCCCCUGCCUGCAGGAUCUCUGGAAGAAAGACCUCUCAUUGGAUGCGAGCUCAGUGGACUUCCUGAUGAGUGAUGGUGAAGACGACGGCUCCUUCCUUUCUCUGCCAAGCACCGCCUUCUCGCAGCGCCCCUCUCUGACCGCCGAGCUCAGUGAAACGAGCGCGACCAGCCAGCAGCUGAUUAUCCAGACCCUACAGGACAAAGUUUGCGAGUUUCAGGCUCGACUUCACUCUGAAGAAGUAGCCCGCCACCUGCUGGUCCAGCAGCUGCAGCAAAGUGUCAAAGAGAAGACGUGUGGAGGCGUUAAGACGCUGCAGGAGGAGCGGACGUCAGAGACGCCCAGCGGUCAGUGUGUGGAGGAGCUGGAGGAGAAGCUGUUGGAUCAGACCCAGGAGGUGGAGAGACUUCGCUCUGAACUGGGGGCGACAGACCUGGAGAAGCAGCUGGAGCUGCUGCUGGUGGAGAAUGAGCGUCUGAAGCAGGAGCUGAAGUCAUGCAGGAGCUCAAAGCUUCAGAAGCUCGAUGCUGCCGCAGAGACCUGCAGCUGCAGCCACUGCCCCCACAGCCAGGACGCGGAGGCCCUGCAGAGGGAGGUGUCCCGCUGGGAGACCCAGGCCCGGCAGAGGGAGCGGCGGCUAGCUGAGCUGGAGAGAGAGCUGCUGGAGAAAAGCUCCAGGAUGGAGGCCCUUCAACGGCAGCUGGACGACUCCACCCGGCAGCUGGACGACAGCCGCAGGCAGCUGGAGGAGUCGAGGCGGAGGCAGGGGGAGGCUGAGCAGAAACUCACCCUCCGGCUGCAGGAGUGCGAGGAGGAGCUCGCCAGACAGGCAGCGACGCCCCCCAGAGUCAAAUAUGGAUACAAGUCAAUCUUGAAUCGGGGAUAUUUAAACGUUUUCCGUGAGGCUCAUCGUACAGAUGAACGCAAAGGCAGAAACUCGAUGAUGUGCUCGGGUGUGUAUUCUGACACUGGCCUCCACCUGUGUGCAUCUGCCCUCCAGAUCCUGGUCUAUGAAGGAGAGAUGGAGCGAGCUCAGGGUCAGCUGGAGGCGGAGAUGCAGAACCUGGAGGAGGAGAAGAACCGCGUCAUCGAGGAGGCGUUCAUCCGAGCCGAGAGCGAGAUGAAGGCCGUCCACGAGAACCUCGCAGUGUUUGGUCUCCAAGGUAACAUCCGUGUGUUCUGUCGCGUCCGGCCGGUCAGUCAGGAGGAGCAGGACUCCGCCGAUGCCAAAACCAUGCUGAGCUUCGACUCGGACGACGACGCCAUCCUCUACCUCUCUAACAAGGGCAAGGUCAUGACCUUUGAGCUGGAUAAAGUCUUCCCCCCUCACGCCACGCAGGAAGAGGUGUUUCAGGAGGUUCAGGCUCUGAUCACUUCCUGUGUUGACGGCUAUAACGUCUGCAUCUUCGCCUACGGGCAGACCGGGUCCGGGAAAACCUACACCAUGGAGGGUGUCGCUGAUAACCCCGGCAUUAACCAGCGUGCUCUGCGGCUGCUGUUCUCCGAGGUAUCGGAAAAAGCUCCAGACUGGGACUAUAAGAUGACCGUCAGCAUGGUGGAAAUCUACAACGAGACGCUGCGGGACCUGCUCGGGGAGAAUCCGUCUGACAAGCUCGACAUAAAGAUGAAUCCCGACGGCAGCGGCCAACUCUACGUCCCCGGACUGACCGAGAUCACCGUGCAGAGUCCCGAGGACAUCAACAAGACAUCUCUCUCAUGA